AUGCUAAAACAAUCCAUGUUUGUCCUGGCCGUCAUUGGUCUGAUUGAUUCCAUCAGCUAUAUGGCGGUGUCUCCGUCUCUGAUCUUCUACGUUUUGGAAUUGGGAGGCACCAAGGAAGACUACGGUUUGAUCAUGUCCAUUUUCAGUUUUGCCUCGUUUUGUGGGAAACCCGUGUUUGGAGCUUGGGUCGACAAGGGGGGUAAUAAGUUUCGGGUUCCAUACUUGUCCAGUCUGGUGGUGUCAGUGAUUGGUGCUCUCCUAUAUUUCUUGGCAGUGAUGGUGACCGACCCCCAAAUUGCUGUGGGCAUGAUUUUUGUGGGACGGUUUCUCAGUGGACUCGGUGCAGCCAAUCAAGCAUUGGGAUAUGCCUAUUUGGCGUCGGUGGUUCCUCCGGAAAUGCAGACCCGGACUUCUACCCUGCUUUCCAUGAUGAGAAUUGUGGGAAUGACAGUGGGUCCAGGAGUCAACUACUUUUUGGAUACGAUCGAUGGCCAUGUUUUUGGAGUUCCACUGGAUCCCUUGAAUGCCGUGGGACUGUUGUUGGCGAUUGGGAACUUUGUCACGGCACUCACGGUGUACUUUUUUCUGCCAGAACCACCAGAAAAGGAAGACAAGAUCAAGCUACCUGAAGCCAUCAAUGCAGGAUCUGAUUCGGCUGAUUUUUGGAAAUCUUGCCUGUCAAUAGGCAUUUUACUUCCAACCUUUAUUCUGUUUGUGGCCAAUUCUGCCUUUCAACUGAUUGAAACCGCAUUGCCUCCGGCUGCCAGUCAUGGACUGGGAUGGGGUCCUGUGGAAACCUCUGGAGUUUUGGGCGCCACUUCCAUUGUUAUUUUUGGGGUCAUGACGCUUGUCAUGUAUCUGUCGGCGAGAAAGGUUUCCGAUACCAAAUUAGUCGCUACGGGCAAUUUGUUUUUCAUGGUUGGUGGAGUACUUACGUACUGGAUGUGGACCGAUGCGGCUGUGGCAUGGCAAUACAUUGUCCCAGUCAUGAUAUCAGUUGCUGGCUUUCCCUUUAUCGCAUCUCCCAACAGAUCCAACUUUACCAAGGCGGUCAUGGACCAACCAGCCUUGGAGUCUAGUCAAGCAACCAUGCAAGCCAUUUUGUCAAUGUUUUCCAGCGUGGCGGGAUUCACUACUCCUGGAUUUGUCGCCGCCUAUGUCAUUCGAUCACCCGAACAAGUAUAUGCUUCUGCUGACAAUCGCGAGUUGACAUCCCUGGCGCUUUAUGCUCCAGUAUUAUGUGCCUUGAGUCUAGUAGGUUUGUCUUAUGCAGCGUGGAAAAAGGGCGACGACAAUGAAAUGGCGGAGGAUGAAUAUGAGGGCACUGUUCCGGGAGAAGGUACUCCACUAGUGGUCAAGGGCAGCAGCAUGGCUCGGAAAAAGUCCAGUGUAGCAGGACUGAAUCAAGCCUUUGGGCGAUCCAAUGUGGUGGCCCGUCGUUCUUCGGUAGAAAUCAUGGGAAUGCCGGCUGGUUUUGAUACCCUAGACGAACAAGAAACGAGAAAGAAUCAAUUGGCCGACUUGGAAGAGUUCAAAAUGUUGUUCGAAAUCGAUGACGAUGAAUAA